UACUGUUGCUAAGGCUGCAGGUCGCCAGAGCCCGUGAGGGUCCGAAGUGGGAACCAGGACCUGCGAGGUCAAGGGUCAGUGCAGAGCCGGGGAGGAGAUGGUGAAUCAGCCGAUCCAGAUUUUCGCGAGGGUGAAGCCACCUCUCCGGAAGCACCAGCAAGGGAUUUAUUCCAUAGAUGAAGAUGAAAAAUUAACCGCUAGCUUGGAAAUUAUCUUACCACGUGAUUUGGCAGAUGGAUUUGUGAAUAAUAAAAGAGAAAGCUACAAAUUUAAAUUUCAAAGGAUUUUUGAUCAGGAUGCAAACCAAGAGACCAUUUUUGUCAACAUUGCCAAACCAGUUGCUGAGAGUGUGCUGGCAGGUUACAAUGGUACCAUCUUUGCGUAUGGGCAGACCGGCAGUGGAAAGACGUUCACUAUCACAGGCGGGGCUGAGCGUUACAGCGACAGAGGCAUCAUCCCAAGGACACUGUCAUACAUCUUUGAGCAGUUACAAAAGGACAGCAGCAAAGUAUAUACAACACACAUUUCCUACUUGGAAAUCUACAAUGAAUGUGGUUAUGAUCUGUUGGAUCCAAGACACGAAGCCUCCAGUUUGGAAGAUUUGCCGAAAGUGACAAUAUUGGAGGACCCCGAUCAGAACAUUCACCUGAAAAACCUGUCUCUCCACCAGGCGACGACGGAGGAGGAAGCUCUGAAUUUGCUUUUCCUAGGGGACACUAACAGGAUGAUUGCAGAGACUCCUAUGAAUCAAGCUUCAACCCGUUCCCACUGCAUUUUCACUGUUCAUUUGUCAAGCAAGGAACCAGGAUCUGCAACCGUCCGACAUGCCAAACUCCACCUGGUGGACCUGGCUGGUUCAGAGCGAGUGGCAAAGACUGGCGUCGGGGGGCAGCUUCUAACCGAGGCCAAGUACAUCAACCUGUCCCUUCAUUACUUAGAACAGGUUAUCAUCGCCCUUUCGGAAAAACACCGUUCCCACAUUCCCUAUAGGAACUCCAUGAUGACCAGUGUCCUGAGAGACAGCCUGGGGGGGAACUGCAUGACGACCAUGAUUGCCACGCUCUCUCUAGAGAAAAGGAAUAUUGACGAAUCUAUAUCCACCUGCAGAUUUGCACAGCGAGUGGCACUUAUAAAGAAUGAAGCUGUUCUUAAUGAAGAAAUUGAUCCCAGAUUGAUGAUUAUACGCCUCCAAAAGGAAAUCCAGGAACUAAAGGAGGAACUGGCCCUCGUCACCGGGGAGCUGAGGACAGAGGCGCUCACGGAGGCGGAGCUCCACCAGCUGGAAAAACUAAUAGCAUCCUUUUUGGAAGACCAAGAUCCAGAGAGUAGACUAGAGGUUGGCGCCGAUAUGCGUAAAAUUCAUCACUGCUUUCAUCAUUUAAAGAAACUAGUGAAUGACAAGAAGAUCCCUGAGAAGAGUACAGUCCCCGCUGAAAUAAAAAACCAAGACUGCCAAGAACCAAUACAGGAGGAAGAAUAUCGGAAGCUCCGGGACAUACUGACACAGAGAGACAAUGAGAUCAAUAUUCUGGUCAACAUGUUAAAAAAGGAAAAGAAGAAAGCUCAGGAUGCCCUCCAUCUAUCUGGCAUGAACACAAGUGACCUCAGACACUCCAAGAGCUCACCUUUCCAACCCAGGAAGCCAGAGGAAGGUCAGAGGACACUGCUGUCCUCAGCUCCCACUCAAGCCCAGGACUUCGGUGCUUUUGGGUACAGAUCCAAUUUGCUCCACAAAAAAACAGGGAUGAGAGAGGAAAUGUCUUUAGGACGCCAGGAGGCAUUUGAAAUCUUCAAGAGGGACCACUCUGACAGCGUUACCCUGGAUGACAACAAGCAGAUUCUGAAACAGAGAUUUUCUGAAGCAAAGGCCCUGGGAGAAAGCAUCAAUGAAGCCAGACGUAAAAUUGGUCACCUGAAGGAAGAGCUCACCCAGCGGCACAUACAGCAAGUAGCGCUAGGCAUCUCGGAACACACGGCCGUGCCCCCGGUGCCGGACCCGCGGGAAGAGACGCUGCGCUCCCAGCUGGAGGAAGAAAAGACCAGGUACAAAACAAUGUUCACGCGCCUGAAAGCCCUGAAGGUGGAGAUUGAGCACCUGCAGCUGCUUAUGGACAAAGCCAAGGUGAAGCUGCAGAAACAGUUUGAAGCCUGGUGGGCAGAGGAGGCCAGCAGACUACAGGCAGAUUCGCCAGCAAUGAAUUCGGUGGAUCACGCGAAGCCGUGUCUGCAGGUGUCUGAACCCCAGCGUGAGCCGUCCUACCUGCCCGUUGUCACCUCAAGGGUCGUCAGUGCCCGGAGGAUCGCGCCCUCACCCUGUGCCAGCCUGCACAGCCAGGAGCCGGGCGGCAGCACCACCCCCGGAGAAGGCAGCACCCCCACGAGACCGAUGUCAUCCAUCCCCCUCACCGGGGACAGCCAGACGGACUCGGACAUCCUGGCCUUCAUCAAGGCCAGGCAGAGCAUCCUGCAGAAGAAAUGUAAGUGUACCCCAGGGGCCCUCGGCGGGGGGGCAGGCCCUGCUCGCCAGCACAGGGGCAGACAUGGCGGUGGGGGUGGGGGGGUGCAGAAGGCUGUUGAGGAGGAAGCAGGCAGCUUCCUGCGUGUUCCCAAAGCUGCGCACUGGCCUUCCGGUCACUUCACACUGACCUGGCCUCUGCUUCUCAUGGCGAGAGCCCCCAGGGGCAGCCCCAGAAACAGCAAGCUGGCCAGGACCACCCCUCGGGACAGGGCUGUGGCUCCCUCUUGCGCAUCUACAAGCCCUAUCCCCAGAGGCAGCGCUGUCCUUGGCCCGGCCCCUGGGUCGGGAAGGGCUGAGGCAGCUCGGGUCAUCUGCUGA